AUGGGCCAAAACUUGCGACCCCUCACCGAUUGGCACAUCAGUGGACAGACAGCUGCGGAAGUAAUGGUUGGUUACAGUCGUACGAGUGGUAAGGCGUGCGAUGAAGACUUACGUUUGAUCCGUAUCACUCGCACCUCAACCUCGCGACCAACCAAUCGGACGAUGGCAUCGAAAGUGUGUCUUAUUGUGAUCGACGGCUGGGGAGUGACCAACGAGUUGGACGGCAACGCCAUCGCCGCCGCCGACACCCCUGUGAUGGACGCGAUGGCCCGAUCUGAAGGCCAUUACAUCACUUUGGAUGCGUCGGGACUGGCGGUGGGACUGCCCGAUGGACUGAUGGGCAACUCGGAGGUCGGACACCUGAAUAUAGGCGCCGGACGUGUCAUCUAUCAGGACAUCGUUCGCAUCAAUCUGGACGUCAAGUCAAAGGACAUCCAUAAGAACGCGAAUUUCGUGGACGCCUGCAGUCGCGCGAAGACUACGUCCGCCGGACGCCUCCAUCUGUUAGGUCUGGUGAGCGACGGCGGAGUUCACGCCCACAUCGACCACCUCUUCGCCCUCCUGGAGGGCGCCAAAGCGAACGGCGUCCCCAAGACGUUCAUCCACUUCUUCUCGGACGGACGCGACACGAGCCCAACCUCUGGCGCCGGUUUCGUGCAGCAGGUGAUCGACAAGACCCGGGAACUGGAGUACGGCCUCUUGAGUACGAUUAUGGGCCGGUAUUACGCCAUGGAUAGGGAUAAGCGAUGGGAACGCUUACAGAUAGCCUUCGAGGGCCUCGUGGAGGGCAAAGGCGUGGAGACAACUGUCGAUAAAGCGGUCGAUGAGGUGAAGAAGAACUACGCGUCCGACCCGCAGGUGACCGACGAGUUCCUGAAGCCUAUAAUCGUCAACAAAGAAGGUCUGAUCGGCGCCAACGAUACGCUGGUGUUCAUCGACUACAGGGCGGACCGCAUGCGACAAAUCACGGAAACCUUUGGCGUCGAACAGCACUUCGAGCCCAAGAAGCAGAUCCCGGCCAAUCUGGCGCUCUAUUCGAUGACUCAGUACAAGAAGGAGUUCCCCUUCAAGUCUCUGUACCCGCCGGUGGUGCCGAAGAACGUGUUGGCGGAGGUGAUCGGCGCGAAGGGUUGGCCGCAAUACCACUGCGCGGAGACCGAGAAGUACGCUCACGUGACCUUCUUCUUCAAUGGCGGCCAGGAGAAGGAGUUCCCGGGAGAGGUGCGCCAAAUGGUGUCGUCGCCCAAAGUGGCCACAUAUGACUUGCAGCCGGAGAUGAACUGCAAGGGUGUGGGCGAGGCGUUGGCGGCCGCCAUCGAGUCCAAGAAGUACCCGUUCCUCAUGUGUAACUUCGCACCGCCCGAUAUGGUCGGCCACACCGGCAAAUACGAGGCGGCGGUGAAGGCGUGCGCGGCGACUGAUCAGGCGAUCGGUGUCGUGAAGAAGGCGUGCGAAGCGGCCGGUUAUGUGCUGUUAGUGACCGCAGAUCACGGAAACGCUGAGAAGAUGUACGACAACAAGAGGGGUCCCCAUACGGCCCACACCACCAAUCGGGUGCCGUUUAUUAUGGCUAAUACUGAGCACAAGUUUGCGAGUAUAUCGCAUAACGCGGCCCUUUGCGAUGUGGCGCCCACUGUACUCGACUUGUUAGGCAUACCGGUGCCCGAGGAGGACAUGACCGGGAAGUCGCUGAUAGGCCAUUAGUCGUUAGCCGUAGUGUUUAGCGUUGUUUUUAAUUUUAUUUGUUAUUUUAUUAUUGAUUAUAUUAGGUAUGAAUUGUAAUGAAUUAUAUACCGUAUGUCUGGCAAUCAUAUAACUGUAUGAUACUACCGGUGCUAUAAUAGUGUAACCGAUAAGAUUGUGCCCGAAAAUAAUUUAUUUGAAUUAUUUGUUUGACUAUCAAAUGAGUGAAAUUUGUUGUAAACUCUGUUGACUAUUAAAUUAUCGCCGAUUCUGACGACUAGUCUUUGAAAUUAUUAGAUUCUGGUGUCGAUGUCCAUUGAAAUGUCUUUUUUCCGUUUAUCUCAUUGACAUGAAAGUCAUUUUAAUGUAUAUUUAAAUCUAAAACUCAUUUUAAUCAGACAUAUGUUUUUAUAUAUAAUAC